AUGUAUUUAAAGUUAUCAAUUCCAUAUAGUUCAUUAUCUAAAGUUAACGGUAGAUCAGUCAUCAUUCCAUUAAUGUCAGAUCAUCAUUUACGAUUAAAGAAAUCUAUCAUCUUUCCACUCACUCGUAAAUCAACUCAUGCAAAACCUACCUUACAAGCUAUUCCUAACAGAUCAGAAGCCGAAAGAACAGCUUCAAUCUUAAACUUAUCUAAAUCAUUUAGAAUCACUCCUGAUCAUCAAAGACAACCUCCAUCAGCUACAGUUUCGGUUCGAAACUUUUCAAUUUCUCUUUUGAUCAGUUUACCUAAUCUUCAUCAUCCUAUUGAAUCUCAUUCGAAUCUUUGGGAUGAUGAACAUGCUGUAGCUGAAUAUGCUUUGGUUUUGGAAUCUAUCGUUCUUUGGACUACCGUUGGACCUGAUUGGCCUUAUUCAGUCAUCAUUCCUACACCUACCUGUCUUCGUAACUCUUUCAGACUAAUGCUUCCCUCUGAGGAUGAAAGUGAUUCAAAUGAAUCAUCCAACAAAAUCAACGUCAUCACUUCUCCUACCUUACGACGAGAACGUUUGACAAUGUCUUCUACUAAGUUCAAUGAGAUCUCUACAUCUAAAUCAUGUCCGAUCAUCCUGGGUGAAGAAUCGAAAUCAUUAACAGAUGAAUCCGAACCUGAUUACUCUGGAUUAUCUGAAGAUGAUGAAAUCUCAUUACGUCCUACUCAUUGGACUCAAGACGAAUCCUCGAAUCGUUACGAAGGUGUUUUUCAAAGUACCAACGAAUUGUGUGUUUCGAUCAAUCAUCAACCUAUUACUCAUGGAUCUCUUCCUAUUGAGAACUCUAUCACGGCUCAACGUGCUGAAACCAAUCUGGCCAUCUCCAUUCAUCGUGGAAAGAAUCAUCAUUUAUCAAAUUCGAAUUCUUUAUCCCUGACACUUAACCUUCAAGUCACACUUUACAAUCUCUCACUGAAAUUCGAUCAACCUAUGAUUCCAUUUGUGUUUCACCUACCAGAUCAUAUUGCCAGUCAAAUCAUAUCGAGUGAAUGGUCUGGUAUCACUGGUGACUCUGUGAUCGAAUCACUCGUCCCUUUUCACGAUGCUCAAGCUGAUCCGUCUCAAGCCAUUCCUUCAACACAAGACACUACCCCACGUAACAAAUCUACCAAACCCAUCCCAACACUUUCCAAAGAAACUUCUUUGCCCGAUCUAGAACUCUUGCAUACUUCUGCUCCAUUUGAAGAUCCGGGAAGCAAUCUACCAGGAACCUCUCCAUGGGGAGCGGAAGAUGGAGAAGUAGAAGCUAGUUUUGAAACUUCCUUUAGUACACCUAUCAAACCUCGUCAUUCACUCGAACCACAUUCCUCACCCCAAAUCGAUCAAAUCCCAGGUGAUGUUCGUGGAAGGUUUGUGGUUUGGUUCGAUUUGAGCAGUCUGAUUCGGUAUAUCGAUACAACAUCUAGUAGUCAAGAAAAAGUUUGUUUGAAAUUUAAUUUACAUGGACAGAUUGAGAUUAGAUUGAAGAAGGAAACGAAUGAAGGAGCAAAAGGAAUGGAUUUACCUUUGUUUGGGUUUCCGACUGUUGAUCAACAUACGUGUUUUAUGAACGUUUCUGUGGAUCCUUCUCUUUCUCCAAUUGGUUCUGAACUUGAUGUUAGGCUUCCGAUAUCUGCUACUCGAUUAGAUUUAGUGAAGGAAAGUGAAGAUGAUCGUCAUGGGUGUCUGAUUCGAGUUAAUGUACGUAAAGUAGGACCUGAGAUGGGUGUAGAAGAGACGAUCAAAGUUUAUCAUUCAAAGCCAGUUCUAAAGAAAGAAGCAGUCACUUUGAUGUCACCUAUUGAUGGGUUGGACCUGGACCAAGAGCCUAGGAUUGUAGUCAAACCGAGACUGAAGAAAAGAUUCUCUGCUUCGAGGUAUAGACAUUCGCAUACCAUUAGCUCUGGAUCGCUUCCGACAACAUACAGAAAACGAACGCCUACAACAGAUCAGUUGGAACAAAUGAAGAUUCAGGAUAUGAAAGUUUCAGAUCAAGUAGAUGAAGAUGAAGAUGAGAGUGAAAUGAAGUUAACAAUAGCUUCGGCUGAACUUGAUCUUUCAUUCUCGACUACUUCUUGUCAAUAUCUAGAUCUUGGUUUAAGGGUUUUGAAAGAAGGAGGUAAUGGAAGAGAAGAACAAGGGAUCAUUGGAAUGCAAUUCGUGAUUGGACGGAAUGAUCGAUUCGAAUUGAUUGAAGCGUGGAUUGGAACUAAGAGAUUAACAGUAGGAAAUGGGAUACGAGUUUUAGAGCAACGGAGUGAACUUGAAAAGGUUAUUGAUCUUCAGGUUUGUUUGGUUGAAUUCUUUUCGAGGAUCAUGGUUUGUUGGCAUGAUGAGUUGGUGAUUAGGAUAGUUUUGAAGAUCUUGAGGUGUGGAAAAGAUACGGUAGAGUUGGAGAAAAGAGUGCCGAUUUGCUUACCUAGGUUUUCGAGGGAUGUUUCUUUACUUGAUGUGAAGAUUGCGAAUUUUAAGAAUACUCAGUUGAGCGUUUUGGAGGGGUCUUUUGAUAUGGUGUCGGGUUUGGCGGACUCGGUGAUUCGGUUGAGACGCUAUGCUGUUGGAGCUGAUGAAAGAAACUUGAUCAGGUUUGAAGAAGUUCAAGAAGUUAAAGAAGUUAAAAAAAUUGAAGAAGUUAAAGAAACAGAAGAAGUUAAAGAACUUAAAAAAGUUAAAGAAGUUAAAGAAGUUAAAGAAAAAGUUAAAGAAGGGAUCAAGAUUAAAGAAGAAGGAAUAAAGAUUGAAAGAUUAAGUUGGAUAGAAGAAAAGUUAGAAAGCUAUGAAAUGAAUUGGAAGACUGUGAUGAUGGUUUGGAGUUUGUAUUUGAUUUUAUCAUUAAGGUUUGAAGUUUAUGAGAUGAGUGUCAAGUUUGAAAAGUUUGAAGAACGGUAUGGGAUCGAAAUGGAUCUUCAAAAUCGGUUUAUGAAUGAUGGGGAUGGUCAUGGAUCUGUUGGCUUGGGUAAGAGGUUUAGGAGUGAGGAUUGGGUUGGUGCGCAGGAAAUGUGUGGGUUGCAGGGGAUGGGGAUGGAGAGGGAGAGGGAGAGGGAGAGGGAGAAGAGGUGUGGGUUGGUGCCUGGUGAUGAUCGGAUGAAAGGUUAUGAAGCAGUGGAACCAUCUAUACCUAUUAAAUCUUCAUCUUCAUCCUCAUCUAAAUCUUCAUCCUCAUCUAAAUCUUCAUCUUCAUCUAAAACAUCUUCAUCUUCAUCUUCAUCACCUAUACUCGAAGAAAUUGAAAAGAAGAAGAAAAAGGAAAAGGUUGAAGGAAAAUCAUCUAUUGGUGAACCGUUUGGGUAUAUUGAAAAGCUUUGGAUAAGUCUUUGGGUUGGAAUCAAAUCGAUUUUUGGAUAA